AUAACCUCAACCAUGUGCAUGCUGUAAACGUUCUCCUCGCCAGCGCCUCAUGUCCAGCUCGUCGCCGCAUCGACAUGGUGAGAAUCCCGCCGUAGCUUCAUCCAGCCGCACGUCACCCAUCGAUCACGACGAUUCGGAAGAUGGGUUCGACAUCGCCGACGAUGAACUUCUCGCCGACGACCCACUGCACGAGCGCAAUGGCGGCCUAGACAGCGGCAUCUCCUUCAAGCGCCCUCCGAAGCCCACCUCGAAGCCUUCUUUCGCAUCACGUUUCCUCUCCAGCUCGCCGUUCAAGUCCAACAACGCACAAACUCCCUCCUCCUCUUCGUCCUCUCCUCCGCACCGCAAUGGCCGCUCCGCGAAUCCCACGCCGAACACGAUCCUAUCGUACCUCAACCAGAGCGCCGACGCAGGCGCUCACCUCCAUCAUGAUCCCAAAGACAUGAGCACGCUCGACUGGUAUGUCGAAGGACCCGGUCGCCGCGUCGGCUACGACGAUUUGACUGCCAUCGACUGGAUCUACGAAUACAGCAAAGAACGCACGCGCCUCGCGCAUCUCAGCGCCAAUAACCCAGGCCUCAUCGGCCAGAUUCGCCUGCUGGCUGACAGUGCCCAAAUAUGGCUCAUUCUCGUCUGCACAGGUCUGGCAGUCGGUGGAAUAGCAGCUGCGAUUGACGUCACGAGUGACUGGCUAGGAGAUAUGAAAACAGGCAUGUGUACGAACGUGGAAAAUGGAGGCAUGUUCUAUCUGAAUAAGGUGUUUUGUUGUUGGGGGAUCGAGAGCUAUGAUAAGUGUCCCGAUUGGAGGACAUGGAGCGCGAUGAUGGGUGUGGGAAACAAAGGCGGCAGCUACAUUAUCGAGUACUUGGCUUUCGUGCUGCUGAGUGUGGUGUUUGCAACUGCCGCGAGCCUGUUGGUCAAUCGGUACAGUCAAUAUGCGAAACAGAGUGGCAUCCCGGAGAUCAAAACCAUGCUGGGAGGAUUCGUGAUCAGACGAUUUUUAGGCACCUGGACACUGGUGGUGAAGAGCUUGGGGCUGGGCCUUGCUGUUGCAUCGGGAAUGUGGUUGGGAAAAGAAGGGCCGCUUGUGCAUGUUGCGUGUUGCUGCGCGAACUUGUUCAUGAAGCUAUUUGAGCCGAUCAACCGCAACAAGGCGAGAAAGAGGGAGACAUUGAGUGCCGCCGCGGCGAGCGGCAUUUCCGUGGCUUUUGGUGCGCCUGUUGGAGGUGUUCUGUUCAGUCUGGAACAGCUGAGCUACUAUUUCCCAGACAAGACAAUGUGGGCGAGCUUCGUUUGCGCCAUGGUCGCGGCUGUGACGCUGCAGGCUUUUGAUCCUUUUCGGACGGGACAGCUGGUGCUCUAUCAGGUUACGUAUCACAGUGGGUGGCACACUUUCGAGUUGCUGCCAUUUGCCGUGAUCGGAAUCAUCGGAGGUCUAUACGGUGCACUGUUCAUCAAACUGAAUAUGCGCAUUGCCGCUUGGAGAGCGUCGAAGAGCAAUCCGUUUCUUUCAAAGCCAGUUCAGGAGGUCAUGGUUGUGGCACUGGUUACAGCCCUGAUCAGUUUCCCAAUCACCUUCUUGCGAGCACAAUCUAGCGAGCUGGUCGAGCAUUUGUUUGCAGAAUGCCAGGACAUCAAGGACGAUUAUCUGGGACUGUGCAAGUCUGGAGUGGCCAAUACUGGAAACAUCUUCAUCUUGCUUAUUUCCGCAGUGAUUGGUUUCAUUCUAGCGACCAUCACCUUCGGGCUCCAAAUACCAGCUGGCAUUCUCCUACCGUCCAUGGGCGUGGGAGCUCUGUAUGGACGCGUCAUCGGGCUGAUAGUAGAGGUCUGGCAGCGCGAGCAUCCCGGCUUUAUUGCAUUCGCCAGCUGUGAGCCAGACGUGAAGUGCGUCACUCCGGGAACCUAUGCAGUAGUAGGUGCAGCGGCGGCUCUGGCUGGCACGACGAGGAUGACGGUCUCGAUUGUUGUCAUUAUGUUCGAGCUCACCGGAGCCCUAACUUACGUCCUGCCUAUUAUGAUAGCAGUCAUGUUAUCAAAAUGGGUCGCUGAUGCCUUUGGAAAGAGAGGUAUCUACGAGUCUUGGAUCCACUUCCGUGGCUAUCCAUUUUUGGACAACAAGGACGACACUCCUGUCCCUGAUGUGCCUGUGUCGCAGAUCAUGACACGAUUCGACGACUUGGUCUGCAUUACCGCUACAGGCCACACAAUCGAAAGCUUGCAGGAUCUGCUCCAAGACCACCGAUUCCGCGGAUUCCCGAUCAUUCAGGACCUCAGAGAAGCUACACUUCUCGGCUACAUCUCUCGGGCCGAACUGGAGUUCGCGCUCGACUCAGCUACGUCUUCAGCAAGGAAUCUGCCAACCAGCACCGAGUGCUUCUUCGCGCACCAGCCUCUCGCGGAUCCCACUAUCACUCUCGACCUUCGACCAUGGAUGGAUCAGACGCCUAUCACUCUUCGAUCAAACAGCACUCUUCAGCUGACAAAUGAGAUGUUCCAGAAGCUCGGUCUGCGAUAUAUCAUCUUUGUCGACCGAGGAAGGUUGGCGGGACUCUUGACGAAGAAGGAUCUCUACUAUGUGCUUAACGCCGGCGAAGAAAAUCGCAUCGGUAGUGGAGCUGGUGCUCUGAGAGAAGAGAAUGAAGGGAUGGAAGACGAAGCGGGACUACUUGGUCGCGGACGCGAAGUAAGAAGCAGCUGGAGCGAUAUCGAUGGCGCAGAUGUACAGUAUGGCGGGAGAGAACCAGGGUAG